AUGGAGUACAGGAUGACAGUGAUGUACAUAGAGAUCGUUUGCUUCAUGUCCUGCCUGUGUGGCUGGAUCUUGGUGUGUUCCACUAUUCCCACAGACUUCUGGAUGGUGUCCGAGGAUUCAGGAAAUGUGAUGACAGCCUCCAACUUCUAUUCCAACCUGUGGAAAGAAUGUGUUGUAGACAGCACGGGGGCGACUGCAUGCAAGGAUUACACCUCCAUGAUGGCCCUGUCAGUGUACCUACAUGUCUGCAGAGCUCUCACGGUCUGCUCCGUCAUCACCGGCUUCUUUGGAGGUGUCCUCACACUCAUAGGGAUGAAAUGCACUAAAAUAGGCGGGUCAGAGACUGCCAGUGCAAGAGUGACCUUUGCAGCUGGUAUAACCUACCUGGUUUCAGCAUUCUGUGGAAUGAUUACCUACACAUGGUGGGCCAACAGAUCCAUAUCAGACUUUCUGAACCCAGCUUACCUGCAAUUGAAGUAUGAACUUGGAGCUGCGAUUUUCAUUGGCUGGGGAGGCUCGUUCCUUCUCCUCUUUGGAGGGAUGGUACUGAGUUACUUCUCUGGAAAAGAAUGUUUCCAGUCGAGUUCCCUGAAAAGGCCUCUGAGACCAUUCACUUAUGCCACCGCCCAGACCAGACGCACCUACAUGAUGCCACCCUCAUCGUCCAGAGCGACUCUGAUGCCACCGCUGUUGUAUGAAGGCAGGCGGAGUCGAGCAGCCGGAGGGACGACAAGGACUGGUCAUCUGUGUAAGGAGUGUUUCUUUUUUGACAUGUAG